CCUCCCGCUCAGAAUCCUACAAACUCACGCACGAAUCACCAAAAAACAUCGGACUUUACACGAUUUCACCACCGGAUUACUGUUUUUCGAGCUUUUACGCAGCGCACUUUGGAUUAUUCCUGCACGAUUUUAAGGAUAACUUCACGUUUUUUGGGGGAAUUAUUAACAUUAUCAUUAUUAUUUCACCGCUUUUCAACAUGACUCUUGAAGAAGUCGUCGGAUCGAGCACUGCAGAUAAAAAGAUGGAGACCGUAAGCUCCGCUCUGGAGUCGCUGCUGGUCGCGGCGCAGAGACGCGACUGCCUCACCGUCGGCGUGUACGAGUCCGCCAAGCUCAUGAAUGUUGACCCGGACAGCGUGGUCCUGUGCGUCCUGGCCACAGACUCGGAGGACGUGGACGACAUCGCUCUUCAGAUCCACUUCACGUUGCUUCAGGCUUUCUGCUGCGACAACGACAUAAACAUCGUUCGCGUGUCGGGGCUGCGGCGUCUGGGGCAGCUCCUCGACGACAAACCCGACCAGAACGGGAACGAACCCCGAGACCUGCACUGCAUCCUGGUCACGAAUCCUCCGGUGGAGCCGCUGCAGUGCCAGGCUCUGUCCGACAUCAGCAGCUUCUGCGCCGAGAGCCGAUGCAAGAACCAGUGGGUGCCGGCGCUGGAGCUCCAGGCCCGCUGAAGAAAACCAGACAUAAACUGAACAAAAAAGUCCAAAUGUGACGCGGAAUCAGCCGUCAACCAAUCACAACGCUUCCCCGCGACCUCUCACCCUGAAGAGGCGGGGCUUAGGGGCGUUUGAAGGCGCGUGGAGCCGGGGAACGGUUCCACGCCAACGUCCCGGAAGAAAACCGCCAACUUCCCACGUGGAGGAACGGUUUUCGGGAAUGGUCACGUGACUCGGGACACUCCCGACGGGCCAAUCAGAAGAGAGUUUGACAAGAGACUGAAAUAUAAAAAAAAAAAAAAGAUGGGAAACAACAAGACGGACUUUGUAAUCUGAUGUUUUUAAUGUUUAAGGGGACACUAAUGCAAUAUCAAAGUGUAACCAGUGUUUUACAAUGUGGUGUCUUGCCCGAGGACACAACGGCGGGAGUCAAACCGCCAACCCCCGGGUCAAACACAAGUAAUAUUAUCAUGUGUUCAGUGUUAAAUGAUGCUUCAAGCUUUAAUCGGUGUUUUACGAGAUGGGAGUGGGUGUCUUGCCAAAGGGCACAACGUCAGGAAUCAAACUGCCAACCUCCGGGUCGAGCUCAGGCAGUGUAAACGUGUUAAGAGACGGAAACAAUACAGAACUUUUUAACAAAUGGUGAAUACACGGUAAUCUAUGGGUAAAAGUGUCUUGCUCAAUGGCAGCUUGGAUCACCGGGAACGGGAUUCAAACCGCCAACCUCUGGGACUGAAUAAUGUGACGGAGUUUUACUGUGUGGUGAAUUAUUUAUGCAAACAGAUGUAAUAUAUUUGGACGCUCACAGCACGAGGUUUAAAAAGUCACAAAAAUGAAAAGUUUAAAUCAAAUGUUUCUGUAACGAUGAAAAGUGCAAUAAAAUAUUCAAUGAAAUGAAAAAAA